ACAUCGGUCCCCCAGUGGGACAGAUUGUUUGCAAUGAGACCUUCUGCUUAAACAUCCGGGCGAUAAAGUUUUUACAGGUCGCCAGACACAGACUGGAGCCUCCUUCGGCGGCGGCGGCGGUGCUCGGGGUCUGGUCUUGCGCCCUUCCUGCGAGGGUCCCACGCUCGCUGGGAGCAGGACAUAUCCAGGCGCCCUCGCCGCCCCGCGCGGCAGCUGGUGGCGGCCUCCGCGGAGAGCUGGGGAACCGAGAUCGGGGAGCCCCCCGCGCACGGGCCCCUCCGCCGGGACGAGCGGAGCGGAGCGGAGAGGUGGGAGCGGGAGCUGCUGAGGUCAUUUCCUGUGCUGGCCGCGGGCCCGAGCCCGGCCGGCGCUCUGCCUUUAAGCCGCGGGCGGGGCGGAGGGAGCGCGGCGGAGCGUUGAAUGGGGCGCGGGGAGGUGCGGCUCGCCUCGCCUGCCUCGCCUCGCCUUUGUGCGGCCAGCCUGCGGGCGCCCCUCCAGGCCCCAGCCUCGCCCCGCCCCGCCCACCCCGACCCCUGCUGCCGAGGAACGGAGACCCGGCGGCCGCGGUGGACGAAAACGACGCAAGGGGUCCCUGAAUAUCCAGAAGUUGAUUCCAUCAUGGCUGAGCCCAAGGUGGAGACCCGGACCAGCAUGGACUGGCAGAAACGCUACCUGGCCCUAGAAACUCAGCUUGUGCGGUUCCGCCUGCAGGCCAGCAAGAUAAGGGAGCUGCUUUCUGACAAGAUGCAGGAGCUGGAGCAGAGGCUGCAGGAGGCCGAGCAGAGAGCAGAGAACGCGGAGACCCAGGUGAGUGUGAUGGAAGAGAAGGUGAAACUCUCCAAUCUGAAGAGUGUGGGCUCCGCAGGCAGCCUGCACCGGAAGUACCAAGACUUACUGAAAGCUGUGCAGGGCAAAGAUGAGCGCAUCGGCCAGCUGGAGGCACAGCUGGAGAAGCAGAAGCAGAUGAGAGCUGAGGAAGCAAAGAUUGUUCAAGAAAAAGCUGCAAAGAUCAAGGAAUGGGUGACCCUAAAGUUAGCAGAGCUUGAGAUGGAGAACCAGCACUUGAAAAGCUGUAAUCAGCGCCUUGUGGAGCAGGUGGCAGCCCUUCAAGAAGCCCUAGAAGCUCUUCAGAUGGCGCUUUCAGAGAAUCUGCUGGUGGCCCCCCAGGGAAUCCCAGAGCAGGAUUCUGUCCCUGCAGGGCCAGGAGCCCAGCUGAUGGGGCCGGACAGCGGUGCUCAGGCCCAGGAUGCUUUGAAGGCCGCUCUGCCGAGUGAGGACUCUGUCCCUGAAGUGAGAAGCGCCACGGGGGAGUUCGGUUCCAUCGUGGUCCGUCCCGGGGGACUGUCAGAGGCCAAGACCCUUCCAUCUCGUCUGGGAAGAGAGGGCUCUCCUGGCCAGCUGUGCGCAAAGACCUGCACCCCCGGACAUGCCUUGUCUUCCUGGGAUGAGGGCCUGGCCACUGCUCAGGGAGGGUCACUCCCUGGGACAAAGACCUCUGCCAGGGAAGGUGGCCCCGGCUGCAGCCUGACCCUCCCGAAGGUGCGGGCUCCCAGCGCCCCCUACGACAGUGUCCAGCUGGCCAAGCGGCACCACAGCCAGCCCCCGGUGGGCCCUGAGCGCUCCAACCACGUAGGGAGCGUGGAGAUUGGGACCCUCGCAGCCCUCCCCCACUCCGGCCUUCCCAGGGUGGCGACCCCCUCUGAGCUCGAGGAGGAACCAGAGAAGAUGGAGAUGGAGGAGCCACCCCCAGCCGGGAGGAAGGAGGAAAGAGAGAGCCAGAAGGUCUCCACAGCUGAGCUGGUGGGAGUGGAUUUGGGAGGCAAGCCCCCCACGCCCCCCUUGCACCGGUUUCCAUCCUGGGAGAGCCGCAUCUAUGCCGUGGCCACGUCAGGCAUGUGUCUCUCGGACAUACCUCCCCGAAGUAGUGCCACCUGCUUCGGUUCGAGGCCUCCCUCCCUUUCGUCCCCUGGGCCUUUCUCGGGCCUUGUCUACAAGAACUGCACGGUGCCUGUCUACACAGUCCUGAAGGGGAGAGUCACGCAGAUCAGCACCGUGCCCUUUGUGGACGAGUCCUCUGGGUCCGAUGACGACUGCAGCUCUCAGGCGAGUUUCCAGAGCUCGGUCCCCUGCUCUGAGCCCAGGAAGACCAGUGGACUAGGCAGCCCCCGGGCUAUCAAGAGAGGUGUCUCCAUGUCCUCUCUGAGCUCGGAGGGCGACUACGCCAUCCCCCCAGAUGCCUGCUCCCUGGACAGCGACUACUCAGAGCCUGAACACAAACUACAGCGCACCUCAUCCUACUCCACCGAGGGGCUGAGCCUGGGCAGGGAGUCGCUGGAGAAGUCAGGCUACCUGCUGAAAAUGGGCAGCCGGGUGAAGACGUGGAAGAGGCGCUGGUUUGUCCUGCGACAGGGACAGAUCCUGUACUACAAGUCCCCGAGUGAUAUCAUCCGGAAACCUCAAGGCCAAGUGGAACUGAACUCCCGUUGCCAGAUUGUUCGAGAGGAGGGUGCACAGACCUUCCAGCUCGUCUCGGAGAAGAAAACCUAUUACCUGACGGCGGACUCGCCCUGCCUGCUGGAGGAGUGGAUCCGGGUGCUGCAGCGGCUGCUGAAGGUCCAGGCCCUUGGGCCGCCAGCCCUGCCUCAGGGGGGCACCAAGCCCACCGUGAAGGGCUGGCUGACUAAGGUAAAGCAUGGCCACUCCAAGCUGGUCUGGUGCGCUCUCGUCGGGAGAACCUUCUACUACUAUCGGAGCCACGAGGACAAGCGACCCCUGGGCCACCUGCCCGUGCAGGACGCACACGUAGAGGAAGUUGACCGAUCCUGCGACUCAGAUGAGGACUACGAGGCCGGAGGAACCGGGCGGCUGCUCUCCUCCCACUGCACCCUGGUGAUCCACCCCCCGGAGCACAGCCCCACCUACCUCCUCAUUGGCACCAAGCAGGAGAAGGACACGUGGCUGUAUCAUCUCACCGUGGCCGCGGGGGGCAGCAGCGCCAAGGUGGGGACCGCCUAUGAGCAGCUCAUUGGCAAGCUGAUGGAUGCUGAGGGAGACCCAGACUCGCCCCUCUGGAGGGACCCCAUGCUGUGCUACAGCAAAGACGGGCUGCACACGUCCCUCACCACCCUGCCCUCCGACGCCCUGCAGACCGAGGCCCUCAAGCUCUUCAAGUGCUGCCAGCUCUUCAUCAACGUGCCCGUGGAAGCCGCCUCUGUGGACUACCACGUGUCCCUGGCCCAGAGGGCCCUGCAGGUCUGCCUGGUUCACCCUGAGCUGCAGAGCGAGAUCUACUGCCAACUCAUGAAGCAGACCAGCUGCCGCCCGCCUCAGAAGUACUCCCUCACGCAGUGCUGGCAGCUCCUGGCUCUGUGCGCCCCCCUCUUCCUGCCCCAGCACCACUUCCUCUGGUACAUCCAACAGCAGCUCCAGCGCCACGCAGACCCCAGAAAUGAGACUGGCCAGUAUGCCACGUACUGCCAGCGGGCCGUGGAGCGGACCCUGCAGACGGGGGAGCGGGAAGCCCGGCCGUCGCGCAUGGAAGUGCUGUCCAUCCUGCAGCGGAACCCCUUCCACCACUCCUUGCCCUUCAGCAUCCCCGUGCACUUCGCCAACGGGACCUACCAGGUGGUGGGCUUCGACGGCUCCUCCACAGUUGACGAGUUCCUCCAGCGGCUGAACCAGGAGACAGGCAUGAGAAAUCCGUCCCACUCCGGCUUUGCCCUCUUCACAGAUGAUCCGUCUGGCCGGACCCUGGAACACUGCCUGCAGGGGAGAGUCAAGCUCUGCGAUGCCAUUUCCAAGUGGGAACAAGCCCUGAAGGAGCUGCACUCCAGGAAGUCUGAGGGUGGCACGCGUGUCGUGAGGCUGAUGUACAAGAGCAGGCUGUACUUUCGGGGUCAAGUCAAAGGGGAGACGGAACGCGAGCGUCUGCUGCUUGCCUUCCAGACCAGUGGCGAGAUCGUGGCCGGGAGGUUUCCCGUCAACAAGGAGCUGGCUCUGGAGAUGGCUGCCCUGAUGGCCCAGGUAGAGUUUGGGGACUUGGAGAGGCAUCUCUCGCCAAGCCCUGGGGGCACACCCCCUUCCAAGGCUCAGCACCACCUACAGCAGGUGCUAGACAGGUUCUACCCAAGGCGCUACCGAUACGGGACACCCACUGAACAGCUGAGGUACCUAGUAGAUCAGCUGACCACAAAGUGGGCAGCACUGCAAGGCUGCUCUCCUCCUGAGUGCAUCCGCAUCUACCUGACCGUGGCCCGGAAAUGGCCCUUCUUUGGUGCUAAGCUCUUUGCUGCUCAGCCUGUACAGCUGUCUUCCAAGGAGAACCCUCUGGUAUGGAUUGCUGUGAAUGAGGAUGGUGUCAGCAUCCUGGACCACAACACGAUGCAAGUGCGUGUCACCUACCCCUACUCUUCAGUGACGACCUUUGGUGGCUUCCGGGACGACUUCAUGCUUGUGAUUAGAUCCAUUCCAGACCAGAGCUCUGGAAAAGGCCACAUUGAAAAGCUGACCUUCCGGAUGGCCGCUCCCAAGAUUGCAGAGGCUACCCUCCUCAUGGCCAGCUACAUGAGCCACUGCUCCAUAACUGUGAACGCACCCACCAGGCUACCUGCUGCCCACCAGCCAUGGGAACUGGCUGGACAACAGCUCUUUGCUUCUCUUCCACGGGCUGCCAAGGGGCCAACGUUGCUGUGAAUAUUUCUCCUGCCCCUUUCCCCGCCACCUGGUGCCUCUGGGGUCGGAGAUACGAAUGCUGGGGCAUGGCACUACUGUGAUGGGUCCAGCACCCUCCCCAGCCCGCCCUGGUUUGUUCUGUGAAGUGUGUACUUCAGUGUCCACGAAGCCUCUAUUCUCUAGGUGCCUUAUGUUUCAGGGCCCAACUUUUAAAAAGCCAGGCCCAGUAUAAAAACCACUGUUUUUUUCCCCCCACCAGAGUAUGAGUGCUGGAUUCUGCCUGCUUCUAGACAGACAGGGAGGUCUGGUUCCUGAGGGCAUCAGUGCCGUACGUCAGAGCUUUCCCCACUGGCACCCUGGGGGAGGCGAAUCUGUUGUAUACUGUAUACGGUCCUUAUGUGGGGAUUUAUACUUGAAGUUUUCCCAACAUCCUCAAAUCCUAAGGACCAAAAUUUCCCGUUCACCCCAACUCUGACAGAAGCCUAGAACUCACUAAAACUAGGUUUCCUUUUGCAGGUGGGAAAGGGGUUGGCAGGGCUGGAGGGAAAGAGCGGAGGCCUUCCCUCCCCUACUGCCCGUGAGUAGGCGCCCUGCAGUGCCCUGCCCUCGGGGCAGCAGCUCCUCUUUGUAGGACAGGAGCGCUCCCUGCCGAGAUCGAAGCUGCUCUUCCUCACACUGGACUGUAAGCCCAACUGGGUACAAGCUAAGGCAGAUGCAGGUCUAACUUGGCCCCUCGUUCUCCUUUUAACUACUGGACAGGGCUCAGUGAAGGCUGUGCUCACUGCUGUAGGACGAGGUGGCCAUCGCUCGUUUCCCUGCUCUUCAAAAGACCAAGCAGAUGCACUCUGCUUUUUGCUACUCUGGGAGCCACCAGAAUGAGUCAGAAACAGGUGACCCCUUGGGGCUUGCGGGCCUGGAUCUGCUCCUCAGGACUUCUGGCGAGCUUCUGCUGGGAAUUAGUUUGAGGACAGAGGACAGGUGAUGUCUGUCCCAGAAACCGAAUGUUGCUUCCACCUUUUGCCUUCCUAACGAUGCCAGUGUCCCCCUAUCCCACUGAGACCUUAUGUUAAGUGCAGAGGAGAGGCUCUUUGUUUCCACCCUCCCCUAACAAAGAAAGACGAAAGAGUUCACUGGUACUCUGAUUUGCCAACAUUGGAAACGGAGUUUAUUUCAUAGCUCUAAGACAGUCUUAUCAUAUGUCAAUAAAGUGCUGAAAACUGUAUGGUCUUAGCAUUUACCCUGACAAAGUGUGGGUAUUUUACCCUGACAAUGUACACGUGUGUGUGUGUGUGUGUGUGCGUGUGUGUUGCACACUGCAGAAGCAAGCACUCGGCUGGAACUAGUUUAUGUGAGCACUUCAGCUCCUGCAGCUUCCCCUCUCAUCCUUUACACCAGGGGUGGAGAACCUUUUUUCUGCCAACAGCCAUUUGGAUAUUUAUUACAUCCUUCUCGGCCCAUACAAAAUUAUCAACUUAAAAAUUAGCCUGUUGUAUUUGGUCAAACAUUUCUGUUCCUGCCUUUCACCCAGCAUUUGGGUUCUAAUUGGGACAUUCCUACCUGGAACACAUCAACACAUCACACGUACCACAGACUUCUGAAGAACCCCUCCAGGGCUGGUGUAAAAGGCAGAAAUGACAUCUCUGGUUUUGUGAUACUUGAGUGUCUCUAAGGCCCAUGAGGAUAUUACCCACCUGGGAGUUUUAAAAACAUUAGGAUCUGCCCUGGUGUGUGUUGCUCAAUGGUUAGAGUGGCAGCCCACAUACCAAAGGGUCUUGGGUUCAAUUCCCGGUCAAGGGCGCAUAGUUGGGUUGCAGGUUCAAUUCUUGGCCCCAGUCAGGGCAUGUGCUGGAGGCAACCAAUCAGUGUGUCUCUUUCACAUCGACAAUUCUCUCUCAUUUUCUCUCUCCCCCCUUCUCUAUCCCUUCCACACUCUCUAAAAACCAAUGGGAAAAAAUAUCCUCAGGUGAAGAUUAACAAACUAAAAAUAAAAUAAAAA